AUGCUUUCAUUCUGCCCUAUCUGUAACAACAUGCUACUUAUAUCCCACGCUGAUAGUGGUAUCUAUACAUUGACGUGCCAUUCCUGUCCGUACGAAUUCCCAAUAGAUGGCAUCGAGAUAUACGACCGGAAGAAGUUGGAAAGGAAAGAAGUGGAUGAUGUUCUCGGUGGAGGGUGGGAUAAUGUUGACCAAACUAAGGUGCAGUGUCCCAACUACGACAAAUGUGGUGGUGAGAGUGCUUAUUUCUUCCAGCUGCAGAUUAGAUCUGCUGAUGAACCGAUGACAACGUUUUACAAGUGUGUUAAUUGUGGUAACAGAUGGAAGGAAAACUAG